UCACCUUGUGCAUUAGUUACAUAUUGUUUCAUCUUGAAAUGCAUUUGAAUGUUUUAAAUAUUGAAUUUGCUUGCUCAUUCAGGUGUUGAUGGGUGCUUCAUUAAGUUAACUACUGGUGCUCAACUACUUGCUGCCACUGGUAGAGAUGGCAACAACAAUAUAUACCCACUAGCAUUUGGUAUUGUUGGGCAAGAGGACACACCUAACUGGUGUUGGUUUCUACACCAACUUAAAAUCUGCCUAGGAGGAGAAGAGGGACAGUUUGGUCCAUAUACAAUAAUGUCAGAUAGACAAAAGGGCCUACUAAAUGCAGUGAAUGCUGUCUUUCCUAAGUGCAACCAAAGGUUCUGCCUUAGGCAUAUCUAUGCAAACUUCCAAAAUGCUGGGUUUAGGGGGGAAGAUCUGAAGAAGUGUAUGGAUAAUGCUGCCUAUGCAUAUAGUGAACACAAAUUUAACAUUGAAAUGAAUGACCUUAGAGCUGAAUGUCAGGAAGCUUGGGAGUGGCUUUGUCAAAUACCCAAGAAAACAUGGGCAAGGCAUGCAUUUGACACAAACUGCAAGACUGACCUUGUAGUUAACAAUUUGUCUGAGGUGUUCAACAAGUAUGUCCUAGAUGUUAGGAAGAAACCAAUUAGGACAAUGUGUGAUGGAAUAAAGGAUAAACAGAUGAUGAGGUGGCAUAGGAAUAGGGAGAGUGCAAAGACAGCUAGAUGGGACAUAACACACCAUUAUAGUGAGAAGCUAGAGGUUGAGAAGGAGAGGGCCAAAUAUUGCAAACCAAUUCAAGCUGGUGUGAACUUGUGGCAGGUUACAAGUGGGCAGCAAACCCAUGCUGUUGACUUGCAAGUGCACACAUGUGGGUGCAGAAAAUGGGACCUCAGUGGCAUCCCAUGUAACCAUGCCAUCUCAGCAAUCAACAAGGGCAAAAGAAAACCAGAGGAUUAUGUCAGCAAGUUCUUCAAGAAAGAAUUUUAUGUGGCAGCUUAUGAACCAAUGAUCUAUCCAGUUCCUGGUGAGCAUGAUUGGACAAAGACCCCUGGUCCAGACAUUGACCCACCUGCAUUUAAAGUGAAGAGAGGAAGAAAGAAAGAGAAGAGGAUCAAGGGGAAAUUUGAAGUUCCAAAGCCUAAGGACACAUCAAGAAUGGGGACUAUAACAUGUGGCAAUUGUGGACUGCAAGGACAUAGGUACACAAGCUGCCUCAAGCAGUUGAAGCCUGAGCUGGCUUUGAGGAAGAACAAACAUGUGCCUCUUGCAAGGAAUUCCAAUGGUGGUGGUGCUGCUACUACACCAGCAACAACAACCUCUCAUGCAGCUCCUACAACAACACCAACAGCUGGGAGAGGAGCUGGGAGAGGAGAUGGGAGAGGAGCUGGGAGAGGUGCUGCAGCAGCUCAAGCUGCUGGAAGAGGUGCUGUGAGAGGUGCUGCACCAGGUGCUGCAAGAGGUGUUGGGAGAGGGAGAGGUGCAUUCUCUGCCCCAAGACAAUCUGGUCCCUCCACAUCUACUGCUCCCUCCACAUCUGUUGCUGGGAGAGGUGCUGGUGGUAGACAUACUGGAUGGGGGAGGUACUUCUAUGCAAGUGGUAACUAG